AGUCAAAACCCGCGCAUAAGGUCUGAAAACAAGGCCCUUUUUCCAAUAACUUAGUCGAACGAGUUAAGAAGGAAUAUCGUCUUCCCUUCUAACGACCUAAGAAGCAACAUUUGGUUUGCCAUCUUAAUAAUUAGUAUUGCUAGAUAAUGGAACUAAUAAAGGAAUUUGAAUAUAUCGCAAUAGAAAAUAUAAAUCAGAUUUAUUAAACUUUUAAAAACGAAUGUUAGGCUAUUUUCUGGCAGUUGUGCUGUUAUGAUAAGACUACAAACCGUUAUAAAUGGCCUAUUUGCGAGAUUGACAUGUCGUUUCAUUUCAUUGUAGCGUCACACCCAAGAAAACCCAACAAAGUACCAAGUAAAGGUCAGCUCAAGAGACAGGGGACAGGACCAGGGACUGCCCCAUUGGCUGCUGCAGCAGAGGUUGUGUUUGUUCCGACUAAGAAGGUGUAUCUAGCUCGUACAGAGGGCUCAUCGUCAGGGAACAUCAGUUGGAAGUUGGACUGUGCUCCUGUAGGGAUGAAGAUAAAGACAGUCUCAGUCAGAAGAUGCAGCCAGACCUUUCACUCUGGAACCGGCCGCUAGGGUCUGCAGUCUGGACAGAACACAACGUCGUUCUCAGGUGACAGGGAGAUGCAUUCUAUUCCGGGUCUUUUCUUGAUCCUUGGAGCUGGUCAUGGAGAUGGAGCUAGCCGGAGGAGAGGGAGAGUCGUCAUGGCAACACUCCCAGAUGUUCCGGCGGGCUUUGAAUGAGCCGAUGGAAUCCUCAUUUGAAAUCCUCGUCAAGAUGGAGGAGGACUACGCUUAAUGAGUGUGUUUGAUCGCUCUGAGCAAGGCACUGCAUUGGUUUGCUAAUCUUAAUAAAGCAAUGAGUAGUUAUUUUGGGAUGCAAUAUGAUGUAUUGAUCAGUGAUUCUGCUCAGUGCCUUGCUCAAGAUAAUCACCUUGAAUACACCGACUCUGUUCAUAGUCAUGUAUAGUGUGUAUAUUCAUAGGCAUCUUGGUGCUUAUGAGAUAAACGGAGGAGUAGUAGUUUGGUGAUAUUGUUUGUGGGUAUGGAUGGAUGGUAGUCCAAUAAUCAUUCGGGAUCUGUGUCUUGAAUCAAUAAUCUUGUAUUGAUUACAGAUCUUGUAAUGAUGCUGCUUGGGUAUUUACUGCCAGUAAUGUCUUGAGACCCAGACCCAGCUUCUGUAUGACACAAAAGCCUUUGUUAUCUAGACUGUCUCUGCCAAAAGAGGAGUUACUUACUUGACUUAAUCCUCUUUGAACCUUUGGGAGCACAUGGCGUCUACCAUGGCUUUCCACCUCAAAGUGGACUAUGGAUCAGUAUGGCCUGGCUGUAACACCCUGCCAUAACAAGGUUCUGGCUCCUGACACAGAAUAGGGAUAUAUGACCUGUGAGCCUAAAGUCCAUCUGCUAUGGAGUUAUGUCUAUCCACUUAUGGUUAUGGAUAUACUGGUAUUCUACAUGUAUUUUUGCUGAAUGCAUGUCACAUGCACCGAAUACCACAGGUGUAGACCUGACAGUGAAAUGCUUACUUACAAGCCCCAAACCAACAAUGCAGUUCAAAGAAAAAAUACAGAUAAGAAUAAGAAAUAAACAUAGCAAGUAAUUUAAGAGCAGCAGUAAAAUAACAAGAGCAAGACUAUAUACAGUGGGAUACUGGUACAGAGUCAAUGUGCGGGGGCACCGGUUAGUUGAGGUAAUAUGUACAUGUGGGUAGAGUUAUUAAAGUAACUAUGCAUAGAUGAUAACAACAGAGAGUAGCAGUGGUGUAAAAGAGGGGGAGUGGGCAAUGCAAAUAGUCUGGGUGGCCAUUUGAUUAGGUGUUCAGGAGUCUUAUGGCUUGGGGGUAGAAGCUGUUUAGAAGCCUCUUGGACCUAGACUUGGCGCUCCAGUACCUUUUGCCGUGCAGUAGCAGAGAGAACAGUCUAUGACUAGGGUGGCUGGAGUCUUUGACAAUUUUUAGGGCCUUCCUCUGACACAGCCUUGUAUAGAGGUCCUGGAUUGCAGGGAGCUUGGCCCCAGUGAUGACCUGGGCCAUUCACACUAUCCUGUAAUGCCUUGCGGUCAGAGGCCGAGCAGUUGCCAUACCAAGCAGUGAUGCAACCAUGCUCUCGAUGGUGCAGCUGUAGAACCUUUUGAGGAUCUGGGGACCUAUGCCAAAUAUUUUCAGUCUCCUGAUGUUUUGUCGUUCUCUCUCCACGACUGUCUUGGUGUGCUUGGACCAUGUUAGUUUGUUGGUGAUGUGGACACCAAGGAACUUCAAGCUCUCAACCUGCUCCACUGCAGCCCCUUUGAUGAGAAUGGGGGUGUGCUCAGUCCUCUUUUUCCUGUAGUCUACAAUCAUCUCCUUUAUCUUGAUCACAUUGAGGGAGAAGUUGUUGUGGGAGUUAAUGUGUUCUUGUUCAAAUAUGUAAAUUGUGCAAUCAGUAUGAUAAAUGUAUAUUAUUUACA